UUCAUGACUACCGAAAGACCUUAAGUACUGAACUGAACUGAAUUACGUUAGUUCUUGACUAUUUUAUUGGCCCGCGAAUCAACUGAUGGUCGCCUAAUACUCUUUUGUAUAAACUAUUGCAGACAUGGAUUUGGAAGGCAGAAUACCAUGUCAGAGAAUGACCUUCAUCAAAGAAUUGAUGCCAUUAAGCAGACACAUUGAAUCUCCAAUCUCUAAAAAGGUCCUUGCUGUUCUGGAUGCAGCUCUACAAAAAGUAUUAAUUGUAUUGUGUUUACAGGAUAUAAAGGAAACUGCUGAGGUUCGGAAUGAAGAAAGUCUAUUAGGUCGUGUGGAUUCUUACUUAAGUCAAGCAAAAGAAUAUGACCUAAUGAAAACUGGUAAACUCAGUGAUCCUCAUUCGCAUCAAGGCUUAUCUGAAGACUUUAAAAUACCGAAAAGUACCGAAUCAGGAAUGGAAGAAUCGUUGGAAAAUAAUAUAAAUGAAGAGUUAAAGAAUAAUAUUCGAAAUUUUUUACAUUUUAUGUUAACACAACCUUUAAUUCAUCAAGUUUUAUCAGAAAUUAUUUUACAAAAUAAUGAACAAUUAUCAAAUGAAUGGAAAUUACCUGACACAAUUACAAAUUUUAUAAAUAGUGUUAAAUGGGCAAAUACACCACAAUUUUCUCAGAAUAAUAACACUAAAUUAUUAGAAUAUUUAAUACAUUUAAGAACAUUAUUAUUAACAAAAUUAUUAACUACACCAGAAGAUAAAAAACGUCAAAAAUUAUACAUCAAAAAACUUGAAGCUAGAGAUCAAGAAUGUCAAACAAAGUUUGGUAAACUUAUUGACGAAUUAGAUACACAAAUUUGUCAGAAUAAUACAGAAACUAGAAAACUUGGUUAUAAUGUUUCAAAACUUCAAAAUGAAAUGGAUAAUCUUGAAAAAUAUUUAAAUGAACGAAAGAAACAAAUUAAUACAGAAGAAGAGAAAAAGAUAACAGAAAUCACAGAACAAAACGUUGAAAAUGAAAAUAAUUUAAAUGAAGAAAUGAAAAAUCAACAAAUACUACUUGAAAAUAUCAUCAAAAUAAAUCGUUCUGAAGAGGAAACAAUUAGAGCAACAAUUUAUAAAAUGGAAAGUGACAUUGAAUCGGAAAUCUCAAAAUAUGAUCAAGAAAUGACACUUUUACAGGAUGAAUAUGAUGCCUUACAAGCAGAGUACACAGAGGAAAAGCGCGCUUACGAUGAAUUGAAUGAACGUUUUGAGAUUAUCAAUGAAGAAUAUGAAAAGAUAAUGGAAGAGCGUAGAUUACAAGAAGAAGAAAGACAAAGAGAAGAAGAACGAAUACGUGAAAUGCAUGUAGCAGUUACAACUAUACAAUCAUUUUGGAGAUCAUAUAAAACGAGAAAAUUAGCACGUGGCGGUAAAAAAGGAAAAUAA